CAGGCACCGGGCCCCCCGGCGGGGCGGCGGGGCGCCGGGCCCCCAGGAGGGGCGACAGGCAUCGGGCCCCCAGGCGGGGCGACAGGCAUCGGGCCCCCAGGCGGAGCGACAGGUCUCGGGCCCUCAGGCGGAGCGGCGGGCGCCGGACCCCCAGGAGGAGCGACAGGUCUCGGGCCCUCAGGCGGAGCGGCGGGCGCCGGACCCCCAGGAGGAGCGACAGGUCUCGGGCCCUCAGGCGGAGCGGCGGGCGCCGGACCCCCAGAUGGAGCGACAGGUCUCGGGCCCUCAGGCGGAGCGGCGGGCGCCGGACCCCCAGGUGGAGCGACAGGUCUCGGGCCCUCAGGCGGAGCGGCGGGCGCCGGACCCCCAGGCGGAGCGACAGGUCUCGGGCCCUCAGGCGGAGCGGCGGGCGCCGGACCCCCA